GUUGUUGGGACGGUGAGAUGUGGUCUCUCUCUCUCUCUCUCUCUCUCUAGAUUCAGGGGCGAUGAAUUUUCCUUAUUUAUAGGAGAUGGAAGUUGUACAUGGAACAACCAGAUAAUACUACCUUCAAUCCAUACAGUUGUAUCCUAUGGCAAUUAUUGUGCCAGCAUUAUAUAUAUCCACACACACACAUAGCUAAAUUAGGAGUACUAUUUUAAGGUGGCGUGGUGCUGUAUAAAUUGGAAUUGCCGUAAGAAUUGGAGAGUCCAAUGGCUUCCUCUCUCUCGAAGCCAUUGAGUCUCCCUUCGUCCUCCUCCUCCGCCGCUCUCUUGCUCGCGACGGCGGUGACCUCCAGGGUUUGCUUCUCUCAACCCAAAUUCGAUUCUAGGACUUAUCUUCUCUUCUACUAGGAAUAUAUAGCUUUAGAGAUUCUUCUUAGUUCACGUAGGCAGCAGCACUUGCAGAAUUCGGAGUUCAGAGGAGGAAACCCAACUUCAUUUGGAAUCAAGUUUUGAUUAAAGUUUCACAACAAAGAGUAGAAGAUGGGUUUCUGGUCACUUUUCGAGGUGGCUUCCAUGCCUAUAGUACAGGUGCUCAUACUCAGCUUAUUAGGAGCUUUAAUGGCAACCAAUUACCUCAAUCUUCUUCCCGCAGAUGCACGGAAGUCCCUGAACAAGAUUGUGUUCAUGGUGUUUACUCCGUGCCUUAUGUUUUCAAAUCUAGCUGAGACUGUCACCUUCAAAGAUCUCGUUGCAUGGUGGUUUAUGCCGAUUAAUGUUGGCCUAACCUUUCUAUUUGGAGGAAUACUGGGAUGGAUAGCAGUUAAACUACUGAAGCCCAAACCACAUUUGGAAGGACUGAUCAUUGCUACAUGUGCAUCAGGAAACUUGGGAAACCUUCUCUUGAUUAUUAUCCCUGCAAUCUGUACUGAGGAUGGCAGCCCUUUUGGCGAUCACGAUGUCUGUAGUACCAUGGGACUCUCAUAUGCAUCUUUCUCCAUGGCGAUUGGUGGUUUGUACAUCUGGACUUUCUCUUACCAACUAGUACGAAGCUCGGCAUUGAAAUAUAAGGCUCUUAAAGCAGCUGAGGAGGUUUCAAAGGUACCUAACAAGGAUUUAGAUGCUAAUGAGAAGACUCAUCUUCUAGAGGGAGAAGUUCAAGAAAAUGUUGCUAUAGUCGUGUCAUCGAUGAACUCUACCGAAGAGGAUACAGAAAAUCAAGCUAUUGUGCCGGAAAUGUCUGGUAGCCAAACGGAGAAAGGGAAUGCAUCAUUCUGGGGUAAUGCAUUAGUAAUUCUUCAGCAAUUGCUGGAAGAACUAUUGGCACCUCCAACCCUUGCUGCAAUUGUUGGAUUCUUUUUUGGUGCGAUCCCAUGGCUGAAGAAUCUCAUAAUCGGUGAUACCGCUCCUCUAAGAGUGAUCCAAGACUCCAUCAAACUACUUGGUGAAGGGACAAUACCUUGCAUCACCCUUAUACUCGGAGGCAACCUCACACAAGGAUUACGCACGGGGAGAUUAAAACCGAUAAUGGUUAUCGCUGUCAUUCUUGUGCGAUAUGUAUUACUACCUGUGAUCGGGAUUGGUGUAGUCAAAGCAGCCGGCAAUCUUGGCUUCCUUCCGUCGGACCCAUUGUACCGCUACGUGCUUCUGAUCCAAUUUGCAUUACCACCUGCUAUGAAUAUUGGUACUGUGGCCCAGCUGUUUGAUGUGGCUCAAGAGGAGUGUUCACUGCUGUUAAUGUGGACUUACCUGGUGGCUUGCCUCUCACUCACGGUUUGGUCCACAAUCUUCAUGUGGAUCUUGUCCUGAAGCCCCCUUCGCCUCACAAACCAAUGCACUUUGUUCUUCACACUUACACAUAUAGAUAGUCAUAUAUGUUUUUAUAUAAGUAGAUAGGUAGAGAGAGAGAGAGAGAGAGAGAGCAAGCGAGCUUACAGUCCCAAUCGAUUCGGGCUGCAUUUCGUCCAUGGUGUUCUGUCACGUGCUUCUAUUGUUUCCUUUUCGUUUGUGUUAAUGAUUGUAUUUGUUCAGUGUAGUCAAUUGUGAGUCGGAAUCUCUCAAAGGGAAGAGUCUUGAUUAGGCCUUUGUGUGUCGUACUUCCUAUAGAUUGAAAUACAAAAA